AUGGUGAUGGUGAUGGUGAUGGUGAUGGUGAUGGUGAUGGUCAUGGUGAUGGUGAUGGUGAUGGUUAUGGUGAUGAUGAUGGUGAUGGUGAUGAUGAUGUUGAUGGUGAUGGUGAUGGUGCUGGAUCAGGAUAAGGUGAUAGUGAUGGUGAUGGUGAUGAUGAUGUUGAUGGUGAUGUUGCUGGAUAAGGUGGCAGUGAUGGUGAUGGUGAUGGUGAUGGUGUUGGAUAAGAAGAUAGUGAUGGCGAUGGUUUUGUUGAUGGUGAUCGUGAUGGUGUUGGACAGGGUGAUUGAGGUGUUGAUGUCCUUUGAUAUGGUGACAGUGAUGGUGAUGGUGAUGGUGAUGGUGAUGGUGAUGGUGAUGGUGAUGGUGAUGGUGAUGAUGAUGGUGAUGGUGAUGGUGAUGGUGUUGGAUAAGGAGACAGUGAUCGCGAUGGUUAUGCCGAUGGUGUGGAUAAGGUGA